AUGGCGCUCAGUAACUACACGUGCGUGAAGUGCGGAAGAAAUCAGAACGUUCGAAUUGAUCCCACAUGCGCGUCCAAUAAGCGGAAUAUGGAGCGCAAGGUCAAGAAGAAGGACCCGAACGACAAGCUCUGCAAGUGGUGGAAGGAGCUCCAAAAAUAUCCCAAGAGAGAGCAGGCGUGGUACAAGAAGAUGAAGGCCAAGGAUAAGCACAGCCAGAUGUCGGAGGAUCAUAUCAUGGCAGAGGAAGAGGAGUCCCAGAAGCAGCUCAUCGAGCACUGGAAGAAUAUCGUGGCGAAGCCGAAGGACAAGAUCACGGACGAGAGCGGUGAAGUUUUCAUUGCAAAAGUUCGGGUGAUCAUUGUCGACCACGUGAAGAACAACAUGGCCACCUCCCGCGUCAAGCGUCAGAAGAUCUGCAACAACGCCGACGACUUGAACGCUGCGGUGGGGGAUAACCUGAAGUCCAUGGAUCAAUUCUGGCGUGCUUUGAAGCUUUCGCGCCCCAUCUCGAUGACGGCCAUUCCGUUUGAAGCGAAGCAGGUGGACACCAUCGGCUCUAACACCUCCGAGUCCAUCACGAACGCCUUCAGCAAAACGGUCAUGCAGCAAACCGUUCAACAAGACAUGAUGCAGCAACAGAUACGGCAAGCUCAGGAGGAGGCCGACAUGAUGGAGGAGGUGGCCGAUGACAUGCAGAAGAUUGCCCAGGCGCAGCAGGAGCAGAGCGAGCAGGCCAGGCAAUCACCCAGUGCCCAGAGGACUGCUUACUCGACCCUCAAGACGCGCCUGAUCGAGAAGCCGGCGAAGUUGAACUCCAGCAUCGCGAGGUUGCGGAACGACCUCGCGCAGCCCGAGAUGGACUUGUCCGCCAUGGAGGGAGAAGACGCGACGACGACCAAAGAGGCCGCGGGGUCCAUCAAGUUUCCUUGGGGCCAACUCGUGUUUCUACCGAGCCAGGUAGGAAGAGACACGAUGCGGCCCCGAUGGAACCACGAUGGCCCCUGCAAGGAUAACGCCAAGUUCGAGGCGAAUGCCGAGGAUGCCUUCAACACCUACACUGAGAAUGUGAGAGUGUGGAAAGAGACUUAUCAACUCGAGACGCUUGCCCCCAAUGGUUCCGUCGCUGGUGACUCGGCAAACCUCUUGCAGCCCGCCCUGGGUGACUUCAAACGGUUUUUCUCGGAGGAGGGUCACGCGAAGCCGUUCCGUCUCAGGAUGGCUGAGCGGAGGGCCUUCGCAAAAGGGGUUGAAAAGAAGAACAAGGCGUUGGAGAAGGCCCAAGCAAAGUCGAGCGCGGCCCGCAGCAGGCGCAACGCUGGGGCGCAGCAGGGGGGCGACGAGAGCUACGUGCCAGUGAUCGAGCCCCUCGUGCCCGACGGCCACUCACUUGACGGACUGGACGUCAGCGACAAGGUGGCCGACUUCAACCAGACCGAGGCGGUGAAGUUCAAGGUCGAUGACCUGGGCGUGAUAGCAAACGCUGGCAAUUACCAGACGCAGGUCAAGUGGGCCAAGGCUACCAUGAGCAAGGAUGGCCUCGAUUCGAUGGUCACCGAGAUCUCCGACAAGAAGCUCAACGACGUCGUGAAUCAGAUGUUCGCAGGCAUGGGCUCGCGCAUCAAGCCUGCAUCGAACUUCUUCAUCGCGUUCCCCCCAGAGCAUGCGGAGCUGAAGAAGGCGAUCGUUGAUUAUCAAAUAUGUGUCUACGACGGGGGCUACAGUGCAGUGAAUGCGACGGCGUUCUGUCUCCCAGAGGUGAUUUGCUGUGUCUCUGGAGCCAUGCACCUGGUCGGGUUGAGCCUGGAUGCCGUCGACGGAGACACGGUGGCGAAGAAGCUCAAGGCAGCCAACAGCUACGACAAGCGCACCGCGAUGAAGAUC